CUCGCGUGCAGUGUUGCUUAUCGAUCGAUCAAAUUUCCAUCACUUGAAUGUUGCUGAGAAAAAUGAGCACUCCAAAACGGAAAAGUAUCGUAAAUAUGUUCGAAAUGGCGUUAAAGAAAGGUAAUUAUUUCCAUGGGAAUGAAAUAUUACCGGAUUUUGAAACUCGUUGGAAAACCACAUUAAAACAAAGAAAAUCCAUAUCGACGCAUUUUCCAAAUCGUGUUGGUAUGCCAACUAUCUAUCCGAAAUCCAACGCUGGGAAAUAUUUCGUAGAAUUUGCGAGCUCUUCAACGGUACACGGGUUGAAUCACUUGGUAGCACCGAAUAGACACCCUAUUGAGAUAUUCCUAGCAGUUCUGUUCAUCUUUGGAGCUUUAUUAUGCUUGAUCUUCCUGUCAUUCCUUUUCUGGGAUCGAUAUCAGAAUAACGCUACAGUUAUCGUGGUAUAUAAUGAUCAAGAUCAAUUCCAAAUACUGAAACCAUCUAUAUUUAUUUGCCCGGUACCAAACAUAAAUUUAAACAAGAUUUCAGACGUAUUCAAAAAAUACAAUAUCGAACACACAUCAGAGGCAGAACAAUUCUUCACAUUUCUUGGCAGUAUCACUUACGAAGACAUGGCAGAAACCCCGAUCUUCGACAAAGUUCCAGCAAGUAAAUGGCUAGAGAUCCUUUAUGAUUUGAAAAAAGAUAUUUCUCCCAAUAUCCUGAAGGAAAACGACCCUUACGAAGCUUGGGUAGUGACAGAAAGGGGCUUGUGUUUUGUAACGAGAAACAGCUUUGCAGUCUACGCUACGUUAAGCUACUGGAAAAAUGACAAUUGGACUAUCCUUCCCGUGCCAAAUAAUCCGCCACACUACAAUUAUAGCGUCGAUGGUGCGCAAGAAUCUUUGACUGUGGAGCAUACGGCUUUGAUUACCGCGUGUGAUCCCUUUGAACUAAUAACACUCGAUACUUCUAUGAAAUGGGUAAAACCAAAGAUGCUUCAACGUGCAAUCAUGUCGAUUUCUGCGAUCGAAACGAAACCAGACGUCAUUCAACUGAGUAUUCAGCAAAGAAAGUGUAAAUUUUUCAACGAUGGUGGUUUAGAAACGUGGCCAGUUUAUACGAGAAAUAUGUGCAUCAUGGAAUGUAGAAUGAAAGUGAUACAAGAUAAUUGUAACUGUCGUCCGCAUUUUGCUCGAACCAUUGAAGGUAUAAACACAUGCGAUGCAAAUCAACUUCGUUGCAUCGGUGGUAUAGCAAAGAAACUUUUCUUAUACGAAUAUCCACCCUCUUUUUGCAACUGCGUCCCGAAGUGCAAUGUCGUUUCUUAUCAAAUCAGAGAUAAGGAAAAAUCCGAACUGAGCGAUAUACCGAUAAGUUCAUCCGUCAUAACCUUAAUCGUUGAACUUCCACAAAUUAUCUAUUAUCGAGCACUGUUGUACGGCUUUAACGAUUUUCUAACCAGUGUUGGAGGGGCAGCAGGAUUAUUUCUAGGAGCCAGUGUACUAUCUUUCGUUGAAAUAUUCUAUUAUGGUUCCAUACACUUGUGUUUUUGGGUGAAAAAAAGUAAGCAGAGGCGAAAUAAAAAUAAGCCAAUGGAUAUAUCUAAAUAACGCGGAGGACGUGUU